AUGGACCCUUCCGAAAUGCUUAAGAAAGCCUCUCCGCUGCGGAUAAAUAAUGUUGAGUUUGUGGGUGACAAGGGAAUUGAAGAACUCAUUAGUAAUAUAAGUGUUAAUUAUGAGGAGUGUACAAAGUAUGAUGCGUAUAUGGCACAGGAUGAGGAGGAGGAGGAGGAGGAGGUGGAGGAGGUGGAGGAAGAUGUUGGGAAGACGGGAGAUGCUGGGAUGGGGGGAAUUUUCCAAAAUGUAAAAGCGGGCAGCAGGACAAAUAUGACAAGUGUAGAAAAGUUGGGAAAAAACGAAACUGCUAAUUCGAACAGUCGCUCGAAUGGGAAGGCUCAUAAAGGGUCCAAUAACGAUGUGAUAAACAGCCUUAGAGAUUUUAUUUUUAAAAAAAAAAUGAUUAACGAUGGGCAAAGUGGGAAGGAGGCGAACUUUGGGAAGCCUGGCCGCAAUGUUUUCACCAAUUUGAACGUUAGGAAGAAACGAAUAAUGGAGAGCAGCGAGGAGUCAGACGAGAAUUCCCACUCUGUGAAAAAAAUUAUUGACUACGUUAAGAAGAAGAAAAAGCAGCGGAAGGGAUGA